UAUGCGUACCGUACUUGUUCGUCAUAAAAAGGGCAAUAACUUAUGUUUUAGAGGGAUAUAACAGCUGCUAGCAGCUCGGCGUGGUUUAGUAGUGUCUUAAUCUUAAUAAACCAACAGAAAGGGUUCCGUACAGAACCUGUAGGAUGGCUGGUUUGUCUUUAACUGUCAGGCUGUGUUGUUUGCACAGUAGGCUGAAUUCAGGAGCAGCCAGGAAGAUCUGUGCAAAAGGUGUCCGUCCCAGUAGCUCAUAUCCGGCUGGCAUCUCAGCGGCUUCCUUCAGGGAGCCUCUGUUCCUCCAGAGGGUCAUAAGCAGAGGCCUUUUCUCCAGCGGUGGAGGUGAAUCUGUACAGAAGCAGACUCUGCAGGAUGUCGCCAAAAACAUCCGAGAGCGACAGUACAGACGGGUUGUGGUGAUGGCUGGAGCUGGGAUCAGCACGCCCAGUGGCAUCCCAGAUUUUAGGUCUCCAGGCAGCGGUUUCUAUGAUAACCUCCAGCAGUAUGACCUCCCAUACGCUGAGGCGAUCUUCGAGAUUGAAUUCUUCCAUCGAAACCCAAAUCCUUUCUUCGCCCUGGCCAAGGAGCUGUAUCCUGGUAACUACCAGCCAAACCUGACGCACUACUUUGUUAGUCUGCUUCACAAGAAGGGGCAGUUGCUUCGGAUGUACACACAGAACAUCGACGGGCUGGAGAGACUGGCAGGAGUUCCUCCGGAGAUGCUGGUGGAGGCCCACGGAACGUUUGCAACGGCCACAUGUACAUCAUGUUUACGGAAAUAUGACGGCGAGGAUCUACGACCAGAGGUGAUGAGCGGGAAGGUCCCUCAGUGUCCCACCUGUAAGGGCGUUGUGAAGCCGGACAUUGUGUUCUUUGGGGAGGAGCUACCACGCCAUUUCUUCAAGUACCUGGCAGACUUCCCACUGGCUGACCUGCUGAUCAUCAUGGGAACAUCACUGGAGGUGGAGCCGUUUGCAAGCCUGGCAGGAGCCGUGCGCAGCUCCGUACCUCGCCUGCUCAUCAACAGAGACUUGGUCGGACCUUUUGUAUGGGGCCAACGGACCAAUGAUGUUGUGCAACUGGGAGACGUGGUUGGUGGCAUAAAGACCCUUGUUGACGCUCUAGGGUGGACUCCAGAGUUAGAAGCUCUGAUGGCAGCAGGCAAUCAAAAAGUUUGUCCAUGAAUCCUUUGAGUUUUUGUUGCUGGAUGGAUUUUGCUUAUAUUAAGAAGCGCAUAUUUUGUGUGCAUGGUUUGUAUGUCCCCGUUUUGCUCUGCACCAGACUGAAGACCUAUCUAGGGUGAACCCCGCCUCUUGCCCAUAGAUCACUGCUACCCUGAUAGAAUAAGCGAGAUAAGAUGGAUGGAUGGGCUGACCAUGAGUAAUCCUUUUUUUAGCUCAACUGAGUUAAUUAAAUAAAUGUGGAGAAAGUGGUGCAGGGAAAAUAUAUAAAGCUUUACAUAGGGGAGAAAAACAGCGAUGCAUCUUGAGGGGCACAUUUAAUUCAUUCAUGGAAAAUCAAAGAUAGAUAGGUAAGUGUUUAAUGUUUUGUCUAUUGAUUUUUAUUUCUGAUUGAAUAAACAUAAUUUCAUCAUGAAAAUCUCAAAUCUUCAUUAAUCAGAAUUUUGGAGGAUAUCUUUAUUCUCCAAAAGGAAAUUAACCAAGUUACACGUUCUGUGA